AUGACCAAAUAAAGUGUUUAACGUGGCUUCUUCUUCUCCAAUUUCAGAUUUGAUCCAAUCUGUAGCCUAAGGGGAAACGAAAAGGGGAAACUGCGACAAAUCAAAAAAGGUGGAUCCAUGGGUGAUGUACAGCUAAAGAAAAGAGGAUACAUCUGGGCAAUCUCUGCUGGGUUCAAUGCAGCGCUUGCUGCUAUCUCUGCAAAGUUCUUCUCAUCUCUCGUGAUAAAGUAUGGAUUGGUUGUAUUAUGCAAUGUGGUAAUGUGGGGAUGUUAUGUAAACAGCUUAAGAGCUCUCUCUUCUCUACAAGCUACAGUCACUAACUUUGCUGCUAAUUUCCUCUCUUCUGGUUUUGCUGGCCUCUUUCUGUUUCACGAGUCCUUAUCAUUCCGUUGGUUUGCAGGGGCUUUAUCUAUCACCAUUGGAGUUGUAAUCCUCAGUAAGUCAAGUGUUGAUAAGAAGGUUAGUACGGAUUAGUACAAGAACCAAUAUAAUAGCUUUCCUUCUUGAGAAGGCUGGUUUUGCGUAAGGAGUUAAGAGCUGGAGAUUAAGUUGUUUGAAGUUUUAGAUUUUAUUCUGUUAAGAGGACCAAACUUGUAAUACCUACGAUUGAUUUUCAUGAUUUUAUUGAAGUAGUUAGAUACUAAAA